AUGCCUCGCGGGAAACAGCCCCAUCAAGAAAGCUGUCGAAGAAGCGAUCGCAUUCGCGAAAAAGUACAGAAGGAAUCAACCAACAUAGAGAAGCAAGAAUCUUCUUCGCCAUCAAACAAUUGUACAGAAACACUGACGUUGUGGCGGAAUUCUGCUGUUCUGGAUCCUGUAACCACUGACCAGGAGUGGGCUCGAGGAUUUAUACAGACCGUCAAAGGCUCUUCCAUACACUACUGGGUACAGAAUAAUCAGUGGCCGAAGAAGCUCUUCAACAGUGUCCUUGGAAACGUGAUUACCAAAGAUGACAUGGAGAUGUGUCAAGGAUUAUUCGAAAGGGAAUCUCAGAAAAACAAAACUGCAAUCGUUCGUUUAAUGGCUCGAUAUAUUGUUUCUUCUGCCGAGCUUGAAACAUGCAGAGGUAAAUUCAGCAAAUCUACAAGUUUGGUUGAGCGUAUAAAUGAGGCUUGGACAUACUCGGUUCGACUUCAGUGGGAUCCCAUGUCUGCAAGUACUCUACAUAUUGCCUGUAAAAGCUCGACCUCUAAACUUUCUUUGCUAGCAAGCCAUUUUAUUCAGGUGGAAGGGUAA